UGCUUCUGCAAUCAUACAUCGCCACCCUCCUUCCAUCAAAAAAGAAAGAAAGAAAAACCCCUCUGGAUCAAUCGAUAUGGAAAAUCGUUUCAAGAUAAGAAUCUCUCGCAUGUUUCGAUCCUCGUUUAGCUCCUGUCGGACCCGGAACAUCUCCGAUGUCAUUGAAAAACCCGUUUUUUCACCUCAAAACCACAGCGGCUUCCACUUGGUGGAGCCAUUUUCGUCGCCGCCGCCACCCAAGGCUCGAUCUUUCCCUUCCAUCUCUAAACCAAGAGGCUCCAUAAAUCCUCCCGGAGAAGAUCUUCCUCGACGUAAAUCGUCAGCUCGUUACCCUCCUUUCAUAGUCUCCGCCGCAGAUUUUCACAGCCGAAAGUGCCCGCCGCCUGCCGCCACUGCAAUGCCGUUGAACAUCUUCGACGACUGUAAAGACUUUGAUUUCUACGAGAUGAAGAAGAAGAAGAGCAUACCCAGAAACAAAAACAAGAAGAAAAAGAAGAAUAACCAAAGGGUUCAUGCUAAAACCACGUGUAUGUCUUCCACUGCCGUAUCUUUCAGCUCAUCAUCACAAGAAAGUGCCAAUAGUAGUAAUAAUAAUAAUAGUACUUACUACGGUGGGUGGUGGAUUGGCAGUGAAGAUGAAACGGAGACUCUUUUCUCUUCAAGGACUCGCUCGUCGGAUUCAUCAGAGUCUCACCGACAACAUGCCAAUUACCAGAAAACGUGCAAAACUCGUCGGAGAAGAGCUAAGAACCGGGGAAGCGAAACGCGGAUGAAGGUUUUACCGCUGGAAGAAACCGAUAAAGUCAAAGAUAACUUCGCGAUUGUGAAAAGUUCUAGCGAUCCCUUCAACGAUUUCAGGACAUCAAUGGUGGAAAUGAUCGUCGAGAGACAGCUAUUUACAGCUAAAGAUCUCGAGCAAUUGUUGCAGUGUUUUCUGUCACUCAACUCCCAUCACCAUCAUCACAUAAUCGUCGAGGUCUUUACAGAUAUUUGGGAGACUUUGUUCGCUUGACCGAUCUUGAAAUGCAGAACAACAAAAAGUGAAAACUUUGCUUGUUUUCCCUUUGUUCAUUUUAGUUAGAUUUUAGAGUUCUAACUCAGAAUUAACGCUGUUAAUUAAUGCGGUAGCCUUUUGAAUGCAAUCCCAUGUUAUUAUCCAAAACAAUUUGUGUUCUGUUCUUCUUGUAUGUUCUGUUCUGCCUGUUUCAAAAAGUAC